UCUCAGACAGCGGUCAUGGCUCGCUGCAGGAGUUACUUGCGAGGACUUGCCAUCUGUGUGACGGUGCUGCUACUGGUGUCUGGGCUGGUGAUGAUUGGUGCUGCAUUUUCCUCCAUUGAUGACAUACCUGUUGCAGAGCUGUUUGACCAGUUGUCCAGUAGUAAUGGUUUACUGGUCCUGCAGGUCUUUGGGCCACUCACAAUGGUUUUGUCUGUUCUGGGUAUAUCUGCUGCUUCUUUGGACUACAAAUCUUUGCUGUUGGCUUUUUCCGCUCUGACCUUUGUGGAGUUUGUGGCACUAAUGGUUGUUGCCUCACCGCUGGUUCAGGUUCAAGCUCAGAUGGACAGUGCAGUGGAUGAGUUGUUUCUCAAUGUAACGCCCUUACACAAAGCAGAUCAUUACAUCCAACGUGAACUAAACAAGCUCCAGAGUUCGGACUCUUGUUGUGGUUUGAGGAAAUUUGAAGAUUGGGAGAAUAAACUUCCUAAUUCCUGUUCCUGCACACCUCCCACAACCACCCCCAACAGCGAGUUGAGCUCUCAGCCUGGUAACUCCAGCUCAUAUGAGCCCUGUGUGAUGGUAGACCAUGAUCAGUUUGUUUACUCCGAGCCCUGCGGUCCCAUCCUGAAGAGCUACCUGAGUUUUCCAAUCAAGCUCAGGAUAGGAAUCAUUUCAGCCUUCGCCACCAUUGCGAUGACGGCCAUUGUUCUGUGUCUGGCUUUGGGUCUGGAGAAAUACUGGAAGACGCCUCCAGUUGAAACAACAGUCGACGACUACAACAGAGUGAAAUACCAACCUAAACCCUCCCUCACCUGACCUCUGACCCCUGUCACCCAAAGUUAAGACAGCGACACCAAAGAGCUCCCACUCUCUGGACCGGUGGUUUCACAGAGAUGCUGAUGAGAUGGUCCAGAAUGAACAAAUGAGUUUUUAUGAAGCUGUUGCUUCAAAAUGUAAAUUUUCUGGUGUAAACAUUUUGCUUCUUGAAGCUUUCAUGUUGUGUUUGAUGGAAGGAAUUCAGACAAUAGAUCCAUGAAACCUUUAGAUUCAUUUACAGGUUUCCACUGCAGUAAAAUACCUUUGUGUGAAUAUUGGGGAUGUCAGCACUGACAUCUUUGAUUUCAUGUGUACAGCAGCAGCAGCCUCCUGACGGCCUCACCUUCACACAUGGGUUCCUGUUGCUGAUUAAAUACGCCUCUGACAUCUAGUUGUGUAAAAAGGUGCCAUGGAGGAAGAGUGUCCUGUCACUAAUCUGUAACAGCUAAAUCAACAUGCUUCAGCAGAAUGGCUGUUUUAUGGGCGUCAUUGAUUCCUGGAGGAAAACCUAAAGGACACCAGUGUGUUUUAUAUCAGUUCAGACAUUAAUCUGAAAUAUGUGGAAGCAGGUGUAAGUAAUAAUUUAACCUUUUACCUUGAUUCACUCCUGUUCACUGAGGACCAUCUUGCGAGUGCCUCCGGUUAAAUCACUGCCGGUUUAUGAACAACGGAUCUAACAGAGGGUGGAGCGGCUCUCCUGGAGAGUUUAAAAACUACAUGAACCAGUUUUCUGUCAGUGUUUUUACAGGAGCAUAUAUGACGUUUUUGUCGUGACUGUAAUUGUUUAGUGGAACUUGUGACACAUAAAUGCUCCAUGUGGACCAUCAGAUUCUUUUAUUUAAGGAUAUUUCAAACUGGGGGUGAACGUUUCUUUUCUCUGUAUUUCAGCAGGUGUUUGAAAACUUUGUCCACUUGUGAUAUUUAUAUGACAUUUAUGACGUCAGUGGCAGCGACACCAGCAGCUGUGCUGAAAGAUGACAGGGACGCAAAUGCUCUAAAUAAGGAGGACCGGCUGCUGGUUCUUAUAAACCGCUUAUUUUAAUAUUUAACGAGUGCUGUUUUAAAUUAUUGGUAUUUCUACUAUACAGUAGUUUUCUCCUGUUCCUCUGACGGCUUCCUUUUUCACUGUUGUUUGGAAUUUCA